CACAUGAAGAGAAACCUCCCCGCGAUUUCACUGUCACCGCCGCGAACAUCCCACACACGCGACAUCGCGGCUUGAAUCCAGUCCGCCAGAAUCCGUCCUCUACGGUCUUACGCGCCGGGAGCAACAGAAGGGCGAGCUACAUCGUCGAGACUUUGGUCGCGGACUGGGCUUCUCUUGUCUAAAUUGCAUCGAACCAGACCCACCGAACUAUGACGAGACCUAAGAAGGACGUGAAGUUUCAGCACCGGGAGCAAAGGCGCAUGAGCAAGAGCAGCAGCAUGUCAGACUUCAACAACGACUCGCCAAAUGAGGAGCGAAGCUCGUCCAGAAGCAAUGGAGCUAAGAGUCCUACGCGUAACGGGUUCGUCGGAAAGGAUGAGAGGCCCAAGGCAGAGAGGACCGAUACCACAGCGAGUGGAUGGGCUACGGAAAAUGAGGACGAGAAGUCGUUCAUCACCCGCGCCAUCUGGACGUUCGCCAUGAUCGGCAUCUUCUUCGGAUCCAUGUUCGCAGGCCAUAUCUACGUGAUAAUCAUCGUGACGGCUGUGCAGAUCAUCUCGUUCAAGGAGGUCAUUGCCAUUUCCAACGUGCCCAGCAGAGCCAGAUCGCUUCGUUUCACGAAAACGCUAAACUGGUACUUUCUCGGAACGACAAUGUACUUUCUCUAUGGCGAGAGUGUCAUCUACUACUUCAAGCACAUUGUGCUUAUCGACCGCGUGCUGCUACCCUUUGCGACCCACCACAGGUUCAUCAGCUUUAUGCUCUACGUGAUGGGCUUUGUCUUUUUCGUGGGAUCCCUCCAGAAGGGCCACUACAAAUUCCAGUUCACACAAUUUGCGUGGACUCACAUGGCGCUGUAUCUGAUCGUUGUGCAAGCACACUUCAUCAUGAACAACAUCUUCGAGGGCAUGAUCUGGUUCUUCCUGCCAGUCAGUCUGGUCAUCAUCAACGACAUUUUCGCAUACAUUUGCGGCAUCACAUUUGGCAAAACCCAGCUCAUCAAGCUCAGCCCGAAGAAGACGGUUGAGGGCUUCGUCGGAGCCUGGAUUUGCACCAUCCUCAUGGGCUUUCUCUUCACCAACAUGCUCAUGCGGUCCAAGUACUUCAUUUGUCCAGUCAACGAUCUGGGCGCCAAUAUCUUCACCGGACUUCAAUGCACGCCGAACCCGGUCUUCGUUGCACAGUCGUACCACAUUCCCUUCAUUCCACACGCCUGGACUUUCCUCCCAACUACCGUACGCAUUUCGCCUAUGCAAUUCCACAUUCUUGCCAUGGCUUCCUUCGCAAGUCUAAUCGCUCCCUUCGGCGGCUUCUUCGCUUCGGGCCUCAAGCGAACAUUCAACAUCAAGGACUUCGGCGACUCGAUUCCUGGCCACGGCGGUAUGACGGAUCGCAUGGACUGCCAAUUCAUCAUGGGCUUCUUCGCCUUCAUGUACUACCAGUCUUUCAUCGCCGUCAACCACGCCUCGGUCGGCUCUGUCAUCGAGGCGGCCAUUACUGGACUGUCUGCGGAAGACCAGAUGGCGGUGGUGAAGGGUCUGGCCCAACAUCUGUACAAUCAAGGACAGGUCAAUCACAAGGUACUGGAAUACCUUGGCGACAAUCUGCACGUAGCGCGGAAAACGCUAUGA